GAGGCUGCUUUUCACCGUCCGUCUUCUCUGUUCCAGGGGCUGGACUCCGCGCCGUUCAUGAAGCCGAAAUCCUGCCAGCCCUUCGGCCCAGCCAGCAGCUUGGCAAGGCAGGUGCGAUGUCAGCUGCUGCUGAAGAUGCGGAUUUGCUUCUGGCCGAUGCUGAAGGCCUUCGCCAGUGCAACGAUAUUCGCAGGCGUCCUCUGGCACAUGAAUUUCCUUGGCUACCAAUCCGUGGUCCCCGGCAGAGUCCUGAGGCCUGAGACACCCCUGACAGUCUUGGUCUGGCACUGGCCCUUCCAGGACACCCUGAACCAGAGCGUGGACGUGUGCGCAGAUCGCUACAGGAUCCCGGGCUGCCAGCUGACGGGGGACCGCAAGCUCUUCAGCCAGGCAGAUGUGGUGGUGUUCCAUCACCGGGAGCUGCAGACGGGCACUGUAAGACUCCCAACAGAGCAGAGGCCUCCUGGACAAAACUGGGUCUGGGUUACUCUGGAGUCCCCUUCCAACACUAAGGCCCUGGCCAGCUGGAACCGAACCUUCAACUGGGUGAUGACCUACAGACGCGACUCGGACAUCUUCAUGCCAUACGGAGAGCUUGUGCCCCGGCCAUCCGCCAGCGUGGACAUCCCAAGCAAAACCGGCCUGGUGUCUUGGGUCAUCAGCAACUACCACCGGGCUCAGAAAAGAGCCCAAGUCUACCAAGAGCUGGCCAGACACCUCCACGUGGAUGUGUACGGGAAAGCAAACCAGAAGCCGCUGUGCCCAGACUGCCUGCUGCCCACCACCUCCCGGUACAAGUUCUACCUGGCCUUCGAGAACUCCGUCCACCAGGACUACAUCACGGAGAAGCUGUGGAGGAACGCGCUGCUGGCCGGCACAGUGCCGGUGGUGCUAGGGCCGCCCCGCGCCAACUACGAGAAAUUCAUCCCUGCCGACUCCUUCAUCCACGUCAAGGACUUCGGCUCCGUGAAGGAGCUGGCCAGCUUCCUGAAGACCAUGAACUCCAGCUACAGGGCCUUCUUCGAGUGGAGGAAGAAGUACGGGGUGAAACUCUACACGGACUGGAGGGAGCGGUUCUGCACCAUCUGCACCAGAUACCCCCAGCUGGCCCAGGGGCACAUCUACUCCGACCUGGAGAGCUGGUUCCGGGCGUGAGAAGACGGGGCUGGGUCGAGCGGAGGCUCCUCGGAGCUGGGUGCUUGUGCUGUCUGCAGCAGCGGAAAAGGGCUAGCUGGGCCAGUCAUCGCUGGUGGGCAACUGAGCAGGGCGGGGGCUGGGAGCCAAGAACGCUCAGGA